AUGAUUGUGGAGGAUGAGUAUGAUUAUGAUGCCCCAGAGAUGUUUGAACACAAUCCCAUGAACACGGCAUUGACAAGAAUUUAUGAACAGCAUGUGAGAGCAAAUGGACAACCACUGGAGCAUGAACCGUUGAUUAGGGAUGGUCGAUACAACAACCCUAUGAUUGACCGUUAUCAGGAAAUACAAUUUUUAUAUGUUCACGAGAUACGUCAAGUUAACUUGAUCGAGUACUUAUUGGAGAUGAAAGGCAAUCACAGUGGAUGA